UAUUAAUUAAACAAAAAACCAAGAGCAUGUUUUGAAAAUUCAAAAAUCUCCUUCAACCUAUUUCUAGUUCUAUAAAACCCCAUGUAAACCCAUGCAAGCUUUCCAACUUGCAAUCCUCAUACAAAAAGAUUAGAGUAGCUGAAGGGAAAAAAAAAAAAAAAAAUGCAUCCAAAUCUGAGUGUUUGGCUGGUAAUUUUCCUCCUCCAGUAUUCUUCUAUAACAUUUGCUUCAGACCCUGAUCCAAUCCAAGAUUUCUGCAUCCCAAACCCAAAGUUUGGUUCCAUAAAAACAAUUCACUUGACCAUCCUUCCAUGCAAGAAUUCAUCGGAGGCAACCACCGAUGACUUCAUCUUCUCCGGCAUGAAAAUUCCGGGCAACUUCUCCGACACAGGCCUCGCUACAAUCUCCGUGAACCCGGUUCUGUUUCCAGGGAUAAACACUCUUGGCAUGUCGUUUGUUCGAGCUGACCUGAAAGUGGGAGGUAUAAAUCCACCACAUUUCCAUCCCAGAGCCACAGAAAUUGCAUAUGUAGUGCAAGGGAGUGUUUAUUCGGGUUUUGUGGAUUCCACCAACAGGGUUUUUGCAAGGAUCUUAGAGCAAGGAGAGGCAAUGGUGUAUCCCCGUGGUCUGAUGCACUUCCAAAUGAAUGUUGGAAAAAAACCUGCUACGGUUUUUGGAAGUUUCAAUAGCCAAAAUCCAGGAUUGCAGAGAAUCCCAGCUGCAAUUUUUGGAUCUGGGAUUAAUGAUGAGCUCUUGGAGAAGGCAUUUGGAUUGAGUCCUAAGCAGAUUGAUUCCAUGAGAAGAAGGUUUGAACCCAAAAAGUCGAGAGGUAGAGAGUGAGUGUGAAAGGUGUCUUGGUCCUAUUUAAGUUUCGUUUUGUUGGCUUAAUUUUGCUUUAAAAAUUCUAGAGGUUUGGAAUUGGCUAUUAAUUUCCUUUACGGAAAUUAUGUGUUUAAUUAUAUGUACCGCCGACUUAGCAUGUA